CAACGCUCAAUAUUAUAUAUUUCGAAAUUAUCAAAAUCGAUGAGUAUUUAAGUAUUACACUUGUAUACAUUACUUUAGAAUCAGAAAAUCUUGUAAUGAUAAUGAUGGUCUUCAAAAACACAACAGUUUUCAUCCUAUUACUGGCGCUGUUUGUUCUAGCUGCCGAAUGCCGGAAAGGUGGUGGUGGCAGUGGAGGAGGGCGUAGCCGCGGAAGAAUAAUAACAGGCGGAGGUGGUAAUAGGUCAACAAGAUCUAGCAGUAGCGGUUCAAUUGGUUACUGGUGGAUACUUCCUGUUGCGAUCGUCUGUCCCAUCUUGGUAGCAUUGAUUGUUUAUCUGUGUUAUAAAUAUGAAGCAUGCAAGAAAGGGACAUCGGCAACAGAGCAAUCGCAAAGGAUGACGAGUCUUCAAAGAAUUGGAGGCAACGUGCCAAAACAAUUUCCAACGCAGCGUUCCGGAAACUCAUCGGAUCGCAGGCAUCGUCCUCAGGAGAAUGUCAGCUUGUCGAUGAUAUCAGGCGCACAUCAAGUACAAGAUCGGAAGACCUUUCCUUCUUAUCCGCUACAUACGGUAGUACAGCUACCUUCAUCAUUUAAACAAACCAAAAUUCCGUACCAACAAAGAUCCGCAAAACACAACGCAGCGUUCAUGUUAUGAGAAAUGGACUAUUGCUAUAUCUUGUACAUUUUGUCGAAGACGAUUUUCAAAAACAUUCUUAAACUGUUAUUUUUUAUUUAUUUUUUUUUUGCAUUAUUUUGUUGUUAUUGACAAACUAGAGUAAAAAUAUUGAAAUUAUUUUAGAUACUUUGUACCCGAUUCAUGCAUUAUUAAAGUUUCUUUAUAGCUAAGGGUUAAUAAAAAUUGUAAAACUACACAGAUCUUAAUAAAGUUAUAAAGCUA